ACUGACCUGUAUUGUUAGGAGUGUAAAUAGUUUUGACUCAUACUCCACACCAGGUGGUGGCGCUAAUGCACCACGACGUUGGUUGCAGCCCUCGAUGACGAGACAGGAAGAAGAAGCACGUGGCGCAAGCAUGCUAGCAAUGUUAGCUUUGUGUUCUUCUGAUGGUGUUGUUUAGUUCGGACGUUCGUGACGUUUUCGUACAGAAAGGACGAUACGUGGUUCGUGUCGGAACUCUCAGCAUUUUCCAAAGUGUCGUAAAUGAGUGAAUACGUGUUGAACGUAAAGACAACGUGGCUGUGAUUGUGAGACUAGCAGUUGAUCGGAGCUGCUGCUGUUCAGAGGACGGCGGUGUUUGUUGGAGUUGAAGAGCUUUUGCAGCUGCAGGAACCAUCAUGUCUUCAGAACCUCAGAAUUCUGCUGCUGAAGAACAGAACGAGCAGGAGCUUUGUCGUCAACGCGGACUAUGGAAUCCACAGCUUCAGCUGCACGUUAUAGUCGUCCCGCAUCGUUGUGUGAGCUUCACAGUGGAACAAGAGGAACCAGAACAUUCACAGAUUAAAGAGGUGCUGCAAGAAACAGAACCUCCACAGAUCAAAGAGGAGUGGCAAGAAACGGAACUUCCCCAGAUUAAAGAGGAGCUGCAAGAAACAGAGCUUCCACAGUUUAAAGAGGAGCAGCAAGAAACAGAACUUCCACGAAUUAAAGAGGAGCAAGAAGGGAUCUGCAUCAGUCAGGAUGAAAAGCAGCUUGAUCUGAAGCAGGAGACUGAUACCUUGAGGAAGAUUCCAACUUAUGAGGAAAGUGAGUACGGUGAAAAAUAUCUCAACAAUCAGCUGCACUUGAAUGCAACUGUUAGUCAGCAUGACAAAGGAAGCCAAAACGAACAAUCAAUAUCUAAUACAGAUGAUGUGACAGACACACAGAAAAGAGAUCAGAGAGGCAGAAGUCAUGUCCAAAGUGUGGACACUACAGGAGAGAAACUUUUCACUUGUGAAGAAUGUAAUAUUAGUUUUAGUCUUAAAUCCAUUUUUAAAAGACACAUGGGAACUCACAAAGGAAAUAAAUCUUUUUCUUGUAAAGGAUGUGAUAUGAGCUUUAGUCAUAAAUCAAGUCUAAAAAUACACAUCAGAAAACAUGCAGGAGUGAAAUCUUUUUCUUGUACAGAAUGUGAUGCAACCUUAAGUUGCAAGUCAAGUCUCAAAACACACAUGAGAACUCACACAGGAGAGAAACUGUUUUCUUGUAAAGAAUGUGACACAAGCUUUAGUCAUAAAUCAAGUCUAACAAUUCACACUAGAAAUCAUGCAGGAGUCAAACCUUAUUGUUGUCCAGAUUGUGAUGCAUGUUUUAGUCAGAUAUUUCAUCUGAAAACACACAUGAUGACUCACACAGGAGAGAAACCAUUUUAUUGCCAAGAAUGUAAUAAAGGGUUUAGGGUUGCUUCUACACUCAAAACGCAUAUGAGUACCCACAAAAAAGAGAAGCCUUUUGUAUGUAGAGAAUGUGAUACAGGUUGUAUUACAAAAUCUGGUCUCAAAGCACACAUGAGGAUUCACACAGGAGAAAAACCCUUUUCUUGUGAAGAAUGCAAUAAAAGUUUUGCUGCUUCAUAUUCUCUCAAAGCACACAUGAUAACUCACUCUGGAAAGAAGCCCUUUUCUUGUAAAGAAUGUAAUAAAUGCUUUCGUGAUGUAUCAUAUCUCAAAACUCAUAUGAGAAUUCACACUGGAGAAAAACCCUUUUUUUGUAAAGAGUGUAAUGCAAGUUUUAGUAAAACAUCUUAUCUCAAAACACACAUGAGGACUCACACAGGAGAGAAGCCCUUUUUUUUGUCAAGAAUGUUGUAAAACUUUUAGUUUUUCAUCAACUCUCCAAAAACAUAUGAGAACUCACACUGGAGAGAAGCCUUUCUCCUGUAAAGAAUGUGAUAAAAGUUACACUAAAAAAUGUAGUCUCAUAAACCAUAUAAGAACUCACUCGACAGAAACCUCUACCAUGUAAAAACUGUUGCACACAUUUUAUUAAAUCUAGUCUCACACCAUGCAUAAAGACUUACAGGCGAGAAACAAUUUUCUUGGCAUAAAUAAAAUAACAGAAUUAAUAAUUUGGCAAAACUCUCAACUUAAAAUAAUAUAGAAAAACUCAACAGAGAAUGCAUCUUUAAGUAUAACAUUAUUUUAUGUGAUUAGUGAUCAUUUCAUUAUUGUUUCAACUAAAGAAUGGUGAAUAUGUUACUAAGUCAUGUUAGAAAUUAAUUUUGUGAGGAAAGAUUUUUCCCAAAAAUGUAGUAAGGAAGAGGUGGAUAAAGAAACGGACUGUUGUUUCUGUCUUGUGUUCAGGUGAUUUAUAUUUUAUAGUACAGAUUAAAACUGUUUCGCUCUUGUUUUUAGUUUUGAUGACUGUCACUCAGUUUAUGUAUUUCAGUGUGUCUUUUCAGUUCAGAAUAAAGUGAAAGUAAACAGUAAGCACGGAGCCUUUCCCACAGUGUGAGUUUUCUGCUGUUUUCCGGCUUCAUAAAGCAUCUAGAAACAAAUACUGUAUUUUCAAAGUUACCGUUUUCUGCCCACUUCCUUUCUUCCCCCUUUUCUAUCCAUUUUUUUUCAUUUUUGGCCUUCUUUUUCUUCUCUUUGAUUCUAUAUUUAUUUCUUAUUUUAUUUAUCUUCCAGCUGCUUUUGGAAGUAUGGGAAUAAAUGUACUUUCACUUUGACUUUUCCUCUUUUUACAGCCUCAUGGAUUGCUACGCUUCAUUAAAAGUUAUCUAAAAAACAACAGACCCAAAGAAAACAAAAAAA